AUGAAAUUUCUGUGUAGUCACACCAGUCAAUGCAAACUAACUAUUUCUUCCCAAGUCUGGCAUAUAAAAACGGGUUAUGAGGAAUAAGAGUUUCAUAUAGAAGUUCUUUGGAAGAAGGUUUCGAGCUCAGAUGGAACUAACAAAUAUUGGAAGAAACAUCCAGACAUCAUUUCAGCAACAUAAUAGAAGCAUUAGAAGUAGUCAUUCAGAUUCAAUAAGAGAGGAAGAUGAAGUUGAAUUGCAAUGGGCUGCAAUCGAGAAAUUACCUACCUUCAAACGGCUCAGAACAUCACUGCUUGAUAGUAAUCACGACAAUGGAAGCAGAACAGAACUCGGAGAGAAGAGAAUGGUUGAUGUCACGAAGCUUGGGCCGCUCGAACGACAUCUGUUCAUCGACAAGCUCAUAAAGCACAUUGAGAAUGAUAAUCUCCAAUUGCUUCAGAGAAUGAGAGAGAGGAUAGACAGAGUUGGCGUAAAUUUACCUACUGUUGAGGUAAGAUACAAAAAUCUGUCUGUGGAAGCCAAGUGUGAGGUAGUUCAAGGGAAGCCCCUCCCAACACUAUGGAACUCUCUUUUAAGCAUGAUUACUGUUUUUACAAAGGUAUUCCGGCUCACGCAUCAAGAAGCCAAGAUCAAGAUCCUAAAUGAUGUUAGCGGCAUCAUCAAACCAUCAAGGCUUACUCUUCUUCUUGGUCCCCCCGGCUGUGGGAAAACCACCUUGUUAUUGGCCCUCGCAGGAAAAUUAAAUCAGUCUCUCAAGGUCACAGGCGAAGUCUCUUACAAUGGUUACAGGCUACACGAGUUUGUUCCGCAGAAAACAUCAGCUUACGUUAGUCAAUAUGACCUACACAUACCAGAGAUGACUGUGAGGGAAACAGUUGAUUUUUCUGGACGAUGCCAGGGUGUCAGUAGUAGAGCAGAAAUCAUGAUCGAAGUUAGCAGAAGAGAGAAAGAAGCAGGCAUUGUGCCCGAUCCAGACAUCGACACCUACAUGAAAGCAAUCUCAGUUCAGGGACAAAAAAGAAAUAUGCAGACUAAUUAUGUUCUCAAGAUCCUCGGACUGGAUAUCUGUGCUGAUAUAAUGGUUGGUGACGCAAUGAGAAGAGGAAUUUCAGGUGGCCAAAAGAGAAGACUGACAACAGGAGAGAUGAUUGUAGGUCCCAUAAAAACUUUAUUUAUGGAUGAAAUAUCAACUGGAUUAGACAGUUCCACAACCUUUCAGAUAGUAGCAUGCCUCCAGCACAUGGUGCACAUCAUGGAUUCAACUGCAUUGGUAGCACUCCUGCAGCCAUCUCCGGAGACCUUUGAACUAUUUGAUGAUCUCAUAUUGAUGGCAGAGGGGAAGAUUUUAUAUCAUGGUCCUCGGAGUCAUGCACUCCAGUUUUUUCAGGAUUGUGGUUUCAAGUGCCCAGAAAGAAAGGGUGCAGCAGACUUCCUCCAGGAGGUAAUCUCGAAGAAGGAUCAAGCACAGUACUGGAGCAGAACUGACAUUCCAUACAGUUACAUUUCAGUGGAUCAAUUCUGCGAGAUGUUCAAAAAAAGUCAUCUUGGAGAGAAGCUAGAUGCGGAGCUUUCCAGGCCAUACAAUAAAUCACAGUGCCCUAAAAAUGCCCUGUCAUUUAGCACUUACUCCUUGAGCAAAUGGGAACUAUUUAAAGCUUGCAUGGCGAGAGAGUUUCUUCUCAUGAAGAGAAACUCCUUUGUAUAUGUAUUCAAAACAGCACAGCUUGUAAUAAUCGCAUUCAUGACAAUGACAAUCUUUAUACGCACACGGAUGCCUGUAGACUUGCUGCAUGCAAACUAUUUUAUGGGUUCUUUGUUUUAUACACUUAUCAGACUUAUGACCAAUGGAGUUGCAGAGCUCUCUUUAACAGUUUCUAGACUUCCAGUGUUCUACAAACAACAAGCAUUUUGCUUGUACCCCGCAUGGGCUUAUUCUAUCCCAGCCUCUAUCUUGAAGACUCCAUUUUCGUUGCUUGAGUCCAUCCUUUGGACAUCAAUUACUUACUAUGUUAUUGGGUAUAGCCCUGAAGUACAAAGGUUUUUCUGCCAGUUCAUUCUGCUUUUCGCUCUGCAUCAAGCAUCAACAUCUAUGUGUCGAUUCAUUGCCUCAAUUUUCCAGACUAUGGUUGCUGCAACUACAAUAGGUUCUAUGGCCUUAGUACUAAUAUUCCUGUUUGGAGGCUUCAUUCUUCCGAGACCCUCUUUACCACCUUGGUUAAGUUGGGCAUUCUGGGCUUCUCCAAUGACCUAUGGGGAAAUAGGUGUUUCACUAAAUGAAUUCCUUGCUCCACGCUGGCAAAAGGUUUCAGUAGGAAACACAACUCUAGGGCAGAGUGUUUUAAUUCGUCAUGGUUUAAACUUUGAUGGCUACUUCUAUUGGAUAUCAGUAGGGGCAUUGGUUGGGUUCGCAAUAUUUUUUGACCUCGGAUUUGUCCUGGCCUUAACCUACCGAAAUCCUCCAGGGAUGUCACGAGCUAUUAUUUCCAAAGAAAAGUUGUCUCAGCUACAAAAAAGAGACCGUAAAAGUAGUGCACACUUGGACAAUGAUUCAACUCUGGCUGCUUCUCCUAUAACUAGUGCAGAAAAACAUAGGACUGAUAAUUUGGUCCUGCCAUUUGAACCACUGACAAUGUCAUUCAAGGAUGUGAAAUAUUUUGUUGAUACGCCUCCGGAAAUGAAAGAAAACGGUUUCAAUCAGGACAAACUUCAGUUGCUUCAUGAUAUUACUGGCGCAUUCAGACCUGGAAUUCUUACAGCAUUAAUGGGAGUCAGUGGGGCUGGGAAAACAACACUCAUGGAUGUCCUUUCCGGAAGGAAAACUGGAGGUACAAUUGAAGGUGAUAUAAGAAUUGGAGGGUAUCCCAAAGUCCAGAAGACGUUUGCUAGAGUAUCAGGUUACUGUGAGCAGCAUGAUAUACAUUCUCCACAGAUUACUGUGGGCGAGUCAGUGGCAUACUCAGCUUGGUUGCGGUUACCACCAGAGAUUGUUCCAGAAACCAAAGCUAAAUUCGUGGAAGAAGUUCUUGAAAUAAUUGAACUUGAUAACAUUAGAGAUUCUUUAGUUGGGAUACCUGGGGUAAGUGGUCUUUCUACCGAGCAGCGUAAAAGGCUCACGAUUGCAGUGGAGCUUGUUUCAAAUCCAUCAAUAAUAUUCAUGGACGAGCCUACAUCAGGUUUAGAUGCCAGAUCAGCUGCAAUUGUCAUGCGUACAGUGAAGAAUGUAGUUGCAACAGGAAGAACAACAGUUUGCACCAUCCACCAACCAAGCAUUGAUAUUUUUGAGGCAUUUGAUGAGUUGAUUCUAAUGAAAAGAGGAGGGCAAAUUAUCUAUUCUGGAGCAUUGGGGAAUCAUUCAAGUAAACUUAUCGAAUAUUUUGAGGGUAUUACUGGUUUGCCAAAGAUCAAAGAUAAUUAUAAUCCAGCAACAUGGAUGUUAGAAGUUACUUCUGCAUCAGUAGAAGCGGAACUUGGUUUAGAUUUUGCCAGCAUAUAUAAGGAAUCACCACUGCAUCAAGAAACAGUAGAGUUGGUUAGACAGUUGAGUGAGCCACCACCAGGUUCAAAAGAGCUGCACUUUCGUACUCGUUUUCCACAGAAUAGUCGAGAACAGUAUAUGGCAUGCCUCUGGAAACAACACUUGUCAUAUUGGAGAAGUCCUGAAUACAACUUGGUGCGAUUAGUGUUUAUGAUAGUUGCAGCAAUAACUUUUGGAGCGCUCUUUUGGCAGAAAGCGGAGAAAAUAAACACUGAGCAGGAUUUGUUCAACAUACUUGGAUGCAUGUAUAUUGCUGUCAUAUUCUUGGGGAUAAAUAAUUGUUCAACAGUUCUACCGCAUGUGGCAACUGAGCGCAAUGUUCUGUAUCGGGAAAAAUUUGCUGGGAUGUACUCCUCAAAGGCUUACUCCUUCGCACAGGUUACCAUUGAAAUACCUUAUAUACUGUUGCAAGCAAUUUUGUUUGUGGCCAUUACAUAUCCAUCAAUAGGGUUCUACUGGUCAGCUCACAAGGUCUUCUGGUACUUCUAUGCAACAUUCUGCACAUUUUUAUACUUUGUAUACCUUGGGAUGCUGAUAGUUUCAUUAAGCGGAGAUCCCCAAGUAGCUUCCAUAUUGGCAACUGCAGUCUACACAAUACUGAGUCUUUUCUCCGGCUUCCUCCUGCCAGGACCGAAAAUUCCCAAGUGGUGGGUUUGGUUGUACUGGAUUUGUCCUACGUCCUGGUCCCUAAACGGCCUCCUGACCUCACAGUAUGGAGAUGAGAACAAAAAGAUACUCAUAUUUGGGGAGAUCAAAUCAAUCAGUUCCUUCCUACAAGAAUAUUAUGGCUUUCGACACGAUCAUUUAGCCCUUGUGGCUGUUGUUCUCAUAGCUUUCCCUGCUAUUUUUGCAUUCCUUUUCGCAUACUGCAUAGGGAAAUUGAAUUUCCAAAGGAGGUAAAAUAGAGGAAUCCAGUCAGUCUUUUCCAUUCAAGGUUUGUGAUAAAAAAUGAUUGUAUGUUAAUAAUACCCAGGAAACAUUCUGUUUUCCUCGUAAUUCAUUAAAUGCAUUACACAAACCUAUGCUUUACCUUAAAUUCACGAACUGCAAGAUUAUAUUUCUAAGCUU